AUGCAUCACCUGAAAACUGUUUACAUAAACGUUAUUUAUAUUUUACUUUUAAUCGUUGGAGUCCAGUCACAACGAGGUGGCGGUGGUGGUGGAUCGUCUGGGGGCGGCGGAGGUUUUAGUGGUGGCGGAGGUUAUUAUUUUGGAUCGGGCGGCACGGGAUCAUGUAGUAUAAUAUGCAAAAUAGUGCUUGGUUCCAUUUUUGGAGCGAUUGGUGUGAUACUAAUCGGCAUCCUGUCGUUCUGUUACAUUAGAAAAUGCUGUAGAGGUAGAACGUUCUAUUCUACAAGUCAAUGGGUUAACAGAAGGGAACUUUUUUCACAAGAUCUUGGAGAAAAGCCCGAAAUAUUUCACUCUGGUUCAUGGUCUGGUGAAUAUUUUCAGGAUGGUUAUUAUCAUAAACUGCCCGAAUGUACAAUAAAAUUCGAUUAUGAACGUUCAACACUAACUGGUCACGGGACGGAUGAUGUUGGAGACUAUACGCUAACAGGAGUCUAUUCAACUCGGACUUUAAAAAUGGGCAUUGUUAAAACGUAUAUUCUUGGUACAGGUCCAAACAGACAGCAUAACUUGGGACACAAUGUUAAUAUUCACUUGGAGUGGAAUGAAAACGAAAAAGAUUUUCAGGGUAAAUGGUACGUUAGAACGUCUCAAUACCAGGGUGAAAAUAAAUAUAAACUUCGAUGUUUGGACCCAUCACCUCCAAUGUAUCACACAUUAAAGUUGGACAAUAUGUGA